UUUUCACCAAAUUUUUACAGAAUGUCCGGAAAAGCAAAAGUAACAAUCGAUUAGAUUUUGGAGGUGAUCCGGAUCACCGUCUGGAUCCAGGAUUUUUUUGAAGGACUAUGUACAAUUGAGAGAUGGCCUUAACAGACAGACAGAUGGCCUGGUGGAGGUAUGCGCUCUCCGAGUGAUUUUCUAGUCUUUUAUUGCUAUGAUGGUGUUCUGUCUGUUUCUGAUCCAUAGCCAUGUCGGUCACCUAUGUCUUCAACGACAGUUUUUUUGACCAGAAUGAAACCGUCACACCACUCUACGUGAAUCCAGAUACGUUGGCGUGUGAACUACAACCACUGAACCCCACAACAGCUGUGACUCUGUGUGUCGUCCUCACAGCCAUCUUUUUACUGGCGAUACCAGGAAAUCUGCUGGUUGGGUGGGUGAUCGGCAGCAGCAGACAGCCUUUGACUCCAUCAGAUAUCUACUUGUUUCACCUGACAGUAGCAGAUGGUCUGAUGGCCCUUUCGCUCCCGUUCUUUGCGGUGUCAGUGGUCCGAGGUUGGAUCUUUGGAGACUUCAUGUGCAAGCUCGUCAACCUGAUCUUUGACGCCAACUUCUACACCAGCGUCAUCUUCCUGGCCUGCAUUAGCAUCGACCGUUACCUUGUGAUUGUUCGUGCCAGUGAGACUUUCAGGAGUCACAAAAGGAUGUGCAGCAGGCUCCUCUGUGCAGCAGUGUGGGUCUUCGGUUGCACUCUUGCUCUGCCUGCUCUUUUCAACAACGCCUUCAGCCUCGACCCAGACACAGACAGGAUGGUUUGCCUUGAAAAAUUUGACAUCGGCAGUGCCUUCUUAUGGAGGCUCCUCACCAGGGGGUUCCUCCAUGUUUUUGGCUUUUUGGUCCCUGUGACUGUCAUGAUAGCCUGCUACAGCGUCACCAUCUGGAGGCUGCUGCACACCCGUGGCUUCCAGAAGCAUCGGGCCAUGCGUGUGAUCAUCGCUGUGGUGAUUGCAUUUCUGCUGUGCUGGACACCGUACCAUAUAACCAUGGUGGUGGACUUACUGAUGAGGGUUCAUUUGAUUCAGUUUGACUGUGCUUUCAGGAUGUCAGUAGACAACGCUUUGCUUAUAACAAACUGCCUGGCUCUGGUCCACAGCGGCAUUAACCCUUUCCUCUAUGCAUUUGUCGGGGAGAAGUUCAAGAAGAUGUCGCUGCUUCUUCAGAGGAGGCUCAGACAGGAAAGGAUGUCAUCAGGGUCCAGGUUUGUUUGA